ACUGUACCGGGGCUAUAAAAGGGCCAAAGCCAAAGGUGAUAGUCACAUCAAGCUGACGUUCAACAGUCACCAUGAAGUCGUCAUCUGCGGCCCUUAUUGCAAUAUGUCUCUGUCUCGGCGUGUCAUGCGCACUGGGAGCCGGAUAUGGUUCCGGGUACAACAGCUAUGAUACCUACGGAAGUGUCGGAGGCGGAUACACCAUGGGUUAUGGAAGCGGGUACGGUAGUGGAUACGGAAGUGGUUACGGCAGCGGAUACGGAAGCGGAUACGGAAACUCAAAGGGAUACGGAAACUCAAAGGGAUACGGAAAGGGCUACGUCUCCACCGAGACCGUUAUUAGACAACCUUACAUCCAGCCUAUGGCCCUCCCACCACCACCACCAUCCCAGGGCGGAAACGAUGGACUUUUUGGACUCGGAGGGGGAUCUGGACUCCUUUUGCUCGGUCUGCCCCUCCUCCUUCUGUUGAGGAACCGUAACUCAGGUUAACUUCUGACGCUGACACUUAUUACAUUAGAAGCAACUCUGUGAUACAUCGCGCAAUAUUGACAGUUGAUAGUUUGGUCUGUGUGUUAUUUGUUUGUAUGAUUGUGCUGUUGUUAUGUUAAAUAAAAGAUCGAAAUAAA